AUGUUCGCAAGCAACAAUAUACUCAAAACUGGUGUAUACCGUACAAGAUCGCCUAUUUCUAAAUUACAAUUCAGAUUGACCAUUCAAAAAAUCCAUUCUCUAAUUGAUAUACCUACCAUGAAAGGACUCAACAUGAAUCUUAACAAAGAAGAAAUUCCAGAAAAUAAUUCUAAAGAGAGUCGGCUUGUUUAUUGGCAGGAAAAAGUAUUCAGCCAACAUGAAAUUAAAUACUACGGAUUUAAGGAAAACUGCAAAACGGAGCGUCAAAAAUUGUACUACAAGCGUUUUAAACUGGAGAGUAAUAUGCCGAGCAUGUUGUUUACUUACGUUGAAGGAGACAAUUUCUCUCCAGAUGAUCUUGACAAUCAAACCCAACACCGUUUAACAGACGUUCUACUUGUUGAUAAGCAAUCUAUGUAUCUGAUGGCGGACUUAGGGGAGGAUGUGUUGAUGUUCAGCAUUCAAUGGUUUCCUAAAGAAGGCAUGCUACUUGUAUAUCCGGAUUUCAACCGAAUGUCCAUAGAUCCGUAUUAUCAUGAGGUACGAGGCUCGAAUUUACAAAUGUAUCACUAUUCUCUUGAAAAAUGCACAGCUAAGGGUAACAUCCUUGAGGCUCAUAAUAUUCCAACACAUGUUGUUGCUACAAGCAUGAAAAAAACUUUAGAUGCAUUACCCCUUGCUCGAGAUGAACGCUUCAUUAUGCCAAAACACUUAAAACAAAAUUUGCUAAUCUUGUUAGAAAUCGUUAGUGCUUCAGAAUUCAAGUACGAUAAAAUCCAUGUACGUUAUCAGAUAGUAUUACCCACUGACGUUAAAACUACGGAAGAAAACGCUACGUUGUUAGGAAGUACUCACAGCUCAAAAAACAAUAUCGGUAAUUGGCAAUUUGGACAUUGCCAUGAGUUGUUCCUGAUAAUGAGCGAGUGCGAGGAAAUGCAUAACAGUAUUUUGAGUAUUUUCUUCGAAGUCAUUGCUAUCGACAGCUGCCAGCGGGAAAAAUAUCUCGGCUUUUGUCAUCUUUCAAUACAACUACGACCUACAAAAUCCGAAGUGACUUUGAAUGUCAUUAAACUUACCCACUGUAGUAUGUCAUUUGACCGUUUAGAAGAAUUUUUGGUUGGUAAUCGGCGAGAAAUCGAUUUAACAUCGUUCUACGGGAAGAAGAAUAUCAGUGUGCUUAGCCGCUACGGUCACGAAACAAUUGCAUCUGGCAAUGUCAAAAUACGUUAUCAGGUGGUCCGGCAGCACCAGCCAAAUGUAUUGAAUGAAGGUUUUUAUAAAGCAAAUAUAGUGUCCAAAAAUGUUAGUUUAACAGAGCUAGUUGCAAAAUAUAAUGCAGCUAGAGAGCGUUUGGAGGAAUUCGUCGAAUUACAAUAUUAGUACAGUAACAACUAUACACAAAACAAUAGAUUGAAUCGCAUAAGUACCUCCCAUUUUCAUAGACCCAGUAUCUUAAAUUUAGCCUAGAUGAGUAGCAAUCAUUUGUUCUGAUUUUAACGAUCAUUUUUGCCAACGGAAACGAUUGAAAAGUGCAUCCAAUUCAUAAAAAAUACGCUAGACGCCGGACUAAAUGAUCGUUAAAUGAACAUAUCCGUAUGCGAUUCCACUUAACAAGUUGGACGUUCGUAGCUUGUCUCCACGUAAUAAGUGUGA